AUGUGGAACUCGAAAAACAAGUUGGACCCCAUCUCUACUCUUCUGUUCUAUUUGACGUAUGAGAGGAGUCGUGUAGAGGUUCUAGAAGAGACACUACAACUGUGGAUGAACGAUUGGGAGAACAAACACCCGAUGCUAGUCACGCAGGUGGAGCACGUUCACGAUUUGGAGCAGCAGCUUACGGAGGCCCAACAAAUCGUAGGGAUGCACUCCUCUUACUGUCAGGAAUUGUUUAAUCAGCUUGAGGGUAGCAAGGUGAUGAUUCAACAACUGGAGGCACAGAUGAAUCAGAUAACAGAACUGGAUAGUAAAGUGAAGAAUUUGGAACUCGAACUCAAAGUGAAGGAUGAUGCAAUGGCUAAGAUUGAAGCAAAGAAUCAAAGGCUUCGCCGAAGGGUCUCUUUAGGAGGACAGCGGAUUGACAUUCUUGAAUGUCAACUUGCCGCAGAGAGACUCGUCUCCCAGCAACCUACCACUUCGAUGGGACCUCAGCCUGCACACCAGCGCCAUGUGAUCACAGUAGACAGUUCUAUGGAGGACCCAGAGGAGGACAUGAUGGAGUUAGAGGACGAUUGA